UCUACAACGAACUUAAAAGUAACAAAGUAGCUAGCUAGACAGAAAGUUUUUUACCUCUUCCUUGCUUGUUGUGUGUAUUCUUUCAUAUACAAUUGUUUUGUUGUAACUAUGGAGAAUACUAUAACGAGCUCCACCUCCUCACCCAAGGGCCGGGGUGUAAAUUUCGCGACCCCGAGAGGCUUUGGUUCAAAAUUUAAGACAAAAUGUAAAGAAACUUUUUUUCCCGAUGAUCCAUUCAAACCGAUAUCGCAAGAGCCAAACCGUUUGCUAAAAACAAAAAAGUUAUUGGAGUAUUUUGUACCAAUCUUUGAGUGGCUCCCAAAGUAUGAUAUGCAAAAACUUAAGUAUGAUGUGCUCGCCGGAAUCACCAUCACCAGUCUUGCCGUUCCUCAGGGUAUAAGCUAUGCUAAGCUCGCCAGUAUCCCACCCAUCAUUGGCCUAUAUUCAAGUUUCGUGCCGCCAUUUGUGUACGCCGUGUUCGGAAGUUCGAACAAUCUGGCAGUGGGAACAGUCGCAGCAUGCUCUUUGCUGAUAGCUGAGACAUUCGGUGAGGAAAUGUCCAAAAAUGAACCUGAACUCUACCUUCAUUUGAUCUUUACCGCCACUCUCAUCACCGGUCUAUUCCAAUUUGCUAUGGGCUUCUUGAGGUUGGGGAUAUUGGUGGAUUUCUUGUCACACUCGACCAUAACGGGCUUCAUGGGCGGUACCGCAAUCAUCAUUCUCCUCCAACAGCUUAAGGGCAUCUUUGGACUAGUCCAUUUUACGCACAAAACCGAUGUCGUAUCCGUUCUCCACUCAAUCUUAGACAACCGCGCUGAGAAGCAAAAAUACCCAAAGCUAUUUUGGGUAUCAGCAAUGGGUCCAAUGGUGGUCGUCGUUGUGGGUUGCGUUGUUGCUUAUUUGGUGAAAGGAACGGCACACGGCAUUGCUACUGUUGGGCCUUUAAAGAAAGGACUAAACCCUCCUUCAAUUCAACUUUUGAACUUUGACUCCAAGUAUCUAGGGAUGGUGUUUAAGGCCGGAAUCGUCACUGGACUCAUCGCUUUGGCCGAAGGGAUAGCGAUUGGAAGAAGCUUUGCUGUAAUGAAGAACGAACAAACGGACGGGAACAAAGAGAUGAUAGCAUUUGGUCUUAUGAACGUAAUUGGCUCCUUCACUUCUUGCUAUUUGACAACGGGGCCAUUUUCAAAGACAGCAGUGAACUACAACGCGGGGACAAAGACACCAAUGUCGAAUGUAGUAAUGGGCGUUUGCAUGAUGCUUAUACUUCUCUUCCUAGCGCCUCUAUUCAGCUACACACCACUAGUUGGUCUCUCAGCUAUCAUUAUGUCAGCCAUGUUGGGUCUCAUCAACUACGAGGAGAUGUACCAUCUCUUCAAGGUUGACAAGUUUGAUUUCCUCGUCUGCAUGUCUGCCUUUUUCGGUGUUUCCUUCCUUAGCAUGGACUACGGUCUCAUCAUCUCCGUUGGGUUUUCUAUCGUAAGAGCGUUGUUGUACGUUGCAAGGCCCUCCACUUGUAAACUGGGAAGGAUACCAAACUCGGUUAUGUUUAGAGACAUAGAACAGUACCCAGCCUCCGAGGAAAUGCUUGGUUAUAUCAUUCUUCAGUUAGGCUCUCCAGUCUUUUUUGCCAACAGCACUUACGUCCGUGAACGGAUCUUGAGGUGGAUUCGUGAUGAACCUGAAGCCAUCGAGUUCCUUCUCCUUGAUCUCUCUGGAGUGUCAACCAUUGACAUGACCGGGAUGGAAACACUACUCGAAGUUCAGAGAAUCCUUGGAUCAAAAAGCAUCAAGAUGGUGAUAAUAAAUCCAAGAUUUGAAGUCUUGGAAAAGAUGAUGUUGGCCCAUUUCGUGGACAAGAUAGGAAAGGAGUAUAUGUUCUUAUCCAUUGACGAUGCAGUUCAAGCAUGCCGAUUUAAUCUUACCACCACCAAGCCGGAACCGUGACCUUCUUCUUAGUUAUUAGUGGGAAGGUUCUAAUAAAAUGCGUAUCUUUUU